CAUAGUUCUCCACUCACUCUUAUCUGCAUGCAUCCUGAUGCCAAGAAGAAGACCAAUGGCCUAGCUCCCGUCACAUCUGAGGUUAUAAACACAAUCUUAAAUGAUCCCCCCUACUGGAGACUUAAACAGAUUGUGAUGACAGUCAAGUUUAUUGCCAAUGCAGUUGGCAACCUUGAGUUGCGCCAAGCCUCCCUGGCUGACUGCAUGCUAGAACUUCUUCACUGCGCCAAACAGAUGUCCCAGUUGGCUUGCAAACAGGAUUAUCAUGUUGGCUUUUGGCUGCAUGCGAGAUCUGUCUUCAACCACCGAUUUCACACCAUGAAUACAGAAGUUCACUCGCUCGCUCUAUUUCUCCACCCAAUGUGUCGGAAACUCGCUGUCACACAGGUAGCCAAGGGCAGGUCCCUCACAUUCAUGGUUAAGAUUGCACUUGGUAUUGCAAAAUGUUGGAAAUGGGACAUAAUGAUGGCUAAAAAACUCUCUGAUGAUCUGCAGGCCUACAAUCAGUCAGUAGCUUCAUUUGCUGAUGGCCAAGCAGACGGCCUUUCUUGGUGGCAAAACCUUCCAAUCAACUCUGAGAUCCACCCUCUCAAGGCCUUUGCUGUCACGAUUCUCUCAAUUGUAGGGCAUGCAGAUGAAGUAGAACGCACAUUUUCUGAUCUCAGCACAACACAAUCUGCACGACAGUGUAAUCUUUCAGUUGAAACAUUCGAGACAUUUGGAAAAAUUUGUGCGAACCUUCGACACCACAGUGUCAUAAAAGCCACAGAGGCUGGGAAGUCCACUCGUCAUCGACAUGCUCACAUGCACACUCAUGAAGAGGUUGGCAUUGCUGUUGAGACCACACAGGAUCUUGAAGCA